CAAGCAUUUUCGGAUGUAGCUCGAUUUUUGGAUGGGUUGCUGUUACCUUCAGCAAAUAAUAAUGUUCAUCCUUACGUCACAAAUUUGUAUCGACAGGCCAAAUCUGCAGUUAUUUGGGCUGGCCGGUUUCAACCACAAUCUGGCCGUUUUAAUUCACAAG